GCUGGGGAGGGGGGACACAGCUCGUCACGAACCUGGUGAGAAUCGGGUGUCAGACUAGGAAACUAGGAGCCUAUCACACCCCCCCCCCAUCCCCCAGGCACAGUCAGGAUCCAUGCAUGGGCGCUCGAAGAGGUCCAAGUGGUGGCUGUCCCUGGAGCUAGUGUUGUGUGAGCCUGAGUCGCAGCAGCUUGGAGCUGUCAGGAGGCUGGGUCACAUGCUCCUCCCCUGUCCCUCCUGCCCAGCAACCCGAGGAGGGGGAGGGUCGAGCCUAAAGGUAGAUUUUACGAGGAGGCUGUAUGCUCAACCCACCUCUGAGUUACUCUAUCCCGGGGGAAAACGACUGUCCGGAAGCCCGCGGUGCUAGGAUCUGCCUCGCUCUAGUGGCAUUGCUGAGCCCAGGGCUCCUGGUACCCGGGAGUCAGCGCAGUGACCAGAACAUCAAACUGAAGCCACUGCUCAGCUCCUAAGAUGGUACCACUCAAACUGCAUGCGCUUUUCUGCCUCCUCUGCUGCCUCCCAUCGGUGCAUCCUUUUCACUGGCAAGAUGCAUCUUCGUUUGACUUCAGGCCGUCAGUAAUGUUUCAUAAGCUCCAAUCGGUGAUGUCUGCCGCCGGCUCUGGCCAUAGUAAAAUCCCCAAAGGAAAUGGAUCUUACCCCGUCGGUUGUACAGACCUGAUGUUCGGUUAUGGGAAUGAGAGCGUCUUCGUGCGUUUGUACUACCCAGCUCAACAUCAAGGUCGCCUUGACACUGUUUGGAUCCCAAACAAAGAGUAUUUUUGGGGUCUUAGUAUAUUUCUUGGAACACCCAGCAUUGUAGGCAACAUUUUACACCUCUUAUAUGGUUCUCUGACGACUCCUGCAAGCUGGAAUUCUCCUUUGAGAACUGGAGAAAAAUACCCACUAAUUGUCUUUUCUCAUGGUCUCGGAGCCUUCAGGACGAUUUAUUCUGCUAUUGGCAACAGCUUGGCAUCUAAUGGGUUUAUAGUGGCCACUGUCGAACACAGAGACAGAUCUGCAUCGGCAACUUACUAUUUCGAAGACCAGGCAGCUGCAAAAGUGGAAAACAGGUCUUGGCUUUACCUGAGAAAGCUAAAACAAGAGGAGUCGGAAAGUGUUCGGAAAGAGCAGGUUCAGCAAAGAGCAAGAGAAUGUUCCCGGGCUCUCAGUGCGAUUCUUGACAUCGAGCAUGGAAACCCAAAAGAGAAUGUACUAGGUUCAGCUUUUGACGUGAAACAGCUGAAGGAUGCUAUUGAUGAGACUAAAAUAGCUUUGAUUGGACAUUCUUUUGGAGGAGCGACAGUUCUUCAAGCCCUUAGUGAAGACCAGAGAUUCAGAUGUGGAGUUGCUCUUGAUCCAUGGAUGUAUCCGGUGAGUGAAGAGCUACACCGCAGAAUCCCGCAGCCUCUCUUCUUUAUCAACUCUGCCAAAUUCCAGACUCCAAAGGACAUCGCAAAAAUGAAAGACUUCUACCAGCCUGGCAAGGAAAGGAAAAUGAUUACGAUCAAGGGCUCAGUGCACCAGAACUUUGACGACUUUACUUUUAUAACUGGCAAAAUAAUUGGAAACAAGCUGACACUGAAAGGAGAAAUAGACUCCAGAGUAGCCAUCGACCUCACCAACAAAGCUUCGAUGGCUUUCUUACAAAAGCAUUUAGGACUUCAUAAAGGCUUUGAUCAGUGGGACUCUCUGGUGGAAGGAGAUGAUGAGAACCUGAUUCCUGGGUCACCCUUUGAUGCAGUCACCCAGGCCCCGGCUCUGCAGCACUCUCCAGGACCGCAGACCCAGAGUUAGGAGAGCUUGUUACACAGUUGCCUUUUAAAAUGAGAGAGAGAGAGAGAGGAGAGAGAGAGAGAGAGAGA